AUGGAGGAGCAUAAGGUAAGGUACUUGAACAUGCUUCUUCUUAGAAGAAAAGAGUCAAGUGCUAAGAAAUACGUCGAAGCUAUGGCUGAACUUCAAGAAGAAGCUAAAAGUUCUUACGCAGACGAAAUCAAUCUUUCAGAUGGUGAUUUUGUUGAAAUGCUAUGCCUUGAUGGCUGCUUUGUCAUUGAGUUCUUGAGGAAACUUUAUCAGCCUAAAUUAUACAGCGAGAAUGAUCCCAUUUUUCAGAUGUCUUGGCUAAUAUCAGCCACUAAGAGAGACCUAAUAUUAUUUGAGAAUCAGUUGCCCUUUGUUGUCCUGCAAAAACUGUUUGAUAUGACCAAGUUGCGGGGCGAAGAAGAGAACCUUAAUGACCUAGCUAUUCGCCGUCUGUCUUCGCUCAUGCCUGGUUCUUAUCCAGGUCAAAGUUCUCAUUCUACAAUCCCUGCAGGUUAUGAGGCUGUUCAUCUUCUUGACCUCAUGCACAAAAAUUUCACUGCCUCAUUUUCCAACACACUUACGUGUCUCAAACCUAAAGAGACUCCAACCUCAUUGCAGAAACCAGUUAUUGAGCUAGUACAUUGUGGAACCAAGUUCAAGAGGGCAAUAAACAGUGAAUCCUUGCUCCAUAUCACUUUCAAAAAUGGUGUAGUUAAAAUCCCUCCUUUAUUUGUGGAUGAUCAUACAGAAUCCAUCUUCAGAAACUUGAUUGCAUACGAACAGUAUAUGUCUAAGCCAUUUGAGACACGGAGGUAUGUAACUGAUUACAUAAGCUUCAUGGAUCUUCUCAUAGAUUCCCCGUCAGACGUUGAAAAGCUUCGCAACCGUGACAUCAUCAGGCAUGGGUUAGGCAAUGAUAAAGCAGUCUCUGUAAUGUUUAACAAGUUAAGCAGCGAUGUUUCUAUUGAACCACCUUUCUGUUACGACGAAAUUUUUGUGGAAAUUGAGAAGUACUACCGCUACCGCAUCCAUAGGGAAUACCUCAUGCAGAAAUAUUUUCAUGCCCCGUGGGCUUUCAUUUCACGUCUGGCUGCAAUCGUUAUGAAAUUAAAGGGAGCUACAUUUUAUUCUCCAAAGAGGAUGCCCGGAGAAAUGCUAAAAUUUAUUUCUACUGGUCUCGAUCGAAAGCUUUCUCAGAUAUCAGGAACAUCAAAGGAGAAAUGUAUAUUCAGAGUCCAUGACGGGCUACGGAGGCACAACCCUCAGGCAUACGAACCAGAAAUUGUUGCUAUUGGGCCUUAUCAUCAUGCUAAAAGUAAAUUACCAAAAAUGGAAAAGCAUAAGCUGUGGUAUUUGCAACAGCUUCUUCUUCAAAGAGGCGAGUCAAGUGUGGAAAGGUACAUUGUAGCCUCGUCACAGCUUGAAGAGCGCACUCGAAGGUGUUAUGCAGAAGAAACUAUUAAAUCUAUUCUUUAA